AUGAAUCCCGACCAGCCGCCGGAUUCAUCGUCAAUGUCUGUCACGACCUCGCCAGCCCAAGAUGUCUCCAAGCUGAUGGGCCGCCGGAGCCUGAGCAACAUCCCCAAGGACCAGAGGACGCUGCUGGAGCUAGAAAACCCGUGGGCUGUUGACCAAAGAGACGAGCCGCACGGAUUGGCAACUGUCCCGAGCCACGUUUUAAAAACGCUGAAAGAAGCCUUUAUUCGCCUCAAGGACGACAAUGAGAAGGGGAACCCUAAAGACAAGGAAAACCCUGACCCUACUCCCACCACCAAUGACCAUGACGGACAGAAUGGAUAUUCUCCCGGCUCAACACCAGCGAGAUCAGACAGUGCACCUCCGUCUUCGCCGGGAGUUCCGAUACCAUGGUCGCAGUCUCCAGCGAAAUCUAGAGCCCAGCAGGACGAUGAGAUGUCCGAUGCCGGUUCGCCCAUUGACGAGACACCCUCAAGUCCGGUGCCUGCACCACUCACCCAGCCGCCGCUCUUCCAUGGUACACCGAGUCCUAGCCCUUCUUCAAGUGACAGCGAGCCCGAGGAUCUCGAGAUGGAGCUCCCACAAGCUCAGGAGGAAAGCCGCGAGGCCCCAAUAAAUCGCGAGGCACCAAUUAACCCCGUAGCUACGCGGAUGCAUCUGACAGUGGCAUCUCAGGAGCCCGCAAGCUUGGUUACAAGUAUGGUCACCACUACAAAUACGCCUACAUGCGCGCAGCCACGGGUUGCUUCUACUGCUUGUACUUCGUCUGAAGAUCCAAAGUCGUCGGUGUUGCCAGUUGAUCCAGCCCACGGUCGAUCACGACGAAUGAAGCCGAUUGAGUUUAGUGAGGAUAGCCCAAAAGUCACUGUGCGUUCGACGAACCCGGGUCCUCUCAAGCGCAUGCCUUCCACGCGAGCACUUCCCGAGGAAAAUGUCCCCAAUUCGGCUUCUCUGAGCUCGAGUAACUCAGCCCCUUACCAUGGCGAUAGACCCCAGAGCUCGCCAUCUCCGCCGCCCCCUACUCCUCCACCGCACAACUUCGCUGCUAAGCAAACUAUCCCUCAGAAUAGGACGGCUGGGCAACGGGGUGGCGUCAGUAAUCGAGAUAUCUCCCCUCCCCGCCAGACUCCCAUGCAGCAGCUACAUCGGAUACAGGCAGCAGGAAUGAAUGCAUUUAUAAGUUACCACGCGGAACCCUAUAGCGCUUUCACCGCUACGUACCCCGACUACAUCACAGUUCAUUCGGGCAACUUAUUGUCCUUUAUUCAGGCCUGCGUCUAUCUAGAAAUGCUUCAAGAAGACAGGGCAAUACGCGAGUAUUUGUAUGAUGACUUCAUCCGGGCCUGGUCAAGUGGCUUUUUGACAUAUGUCCAGAACGCGGGCCCUGGCCAGGAACCACUCCCCGCUGUCCAAUGGUUCAAUAUGCUAAAAGGCCCUAUCCUUUUCAACCGCAUGUGUAUAAACUCAGGCAACAUCGGCGCUGUUCUGAACGCAUAUCCCGAGGAUGCUGCAAGGGUUAGGGCCAUACUUCAUGCCUCUAAAGAGGCAAGUGAGAGCCCAAUAUCAGAACCACAGCCAGAACAAGGGGUAGAGAUGGAGCUGGAAGAAGAACCUGAGCCGGAGCCGGAGCCGGAGCCUGAACGUGUGCCUGUGGCUGAACCUGAGCCUGAGCCUGAGCGUCGGCGUCAACGUAAGAGGCGUGUCGUGGAUUUGGACAGCGACAAUGCAAUGGAUAUCACCGUGACAGAAGAGAGCCGAACCGAACCACAGCUCCCUCCGCCCACGAGAAAACCACCAUCGUUGCCAGCACCGUCACGACCAGCCCCGCCACCGCCUCCUCGGCCUUUAUCCCCUGAGCUGGGGAGCGACGACUUUGACUUUCCUGCCCUUCCACUUGUACUACAAUCGACAUCAGGACAACAGUCGCGAUCUCGGUCACGACCACACACACAUGAGCCUCAACCUCAAUCAAGGCGUCGGCCAGAGCCACAGCCAGAAACACGACCAGAACCACAGUCACAACCGCAAUUACAGCCGCACAGAGAGCUAACAUUGCCUCAACGACAUUCCCCCAGACGCCACCAACCCGCCCCCGUCCCCAUCCCCCCCAUCCCCGUCCCUCCCUCCACAGCUCCCGCUUCAUCAACAACCAAGCGGACCAAGUCUACCAACCCCAGAUCCUUCCCCCGCUCAACCGACCACGCCGGAAAGCUAGUCCCUAGAGGCCGCUCCGUGCCUAGCUCCAGCAGCCGGGCGAUCCCGAAGUUGCGUAAGCGAUCGACCGAGGAGCGGGCGCGGCUGAAGGAACAUUUCCGGAAGAAGGCUUCUUCGUCGUCAACGAGCUUUCUCGGUGGUGGCGUCGAGAACUAG